AUGAAUGCGUCUACAUCAAAAACAGGCGUGAACAAGUUGUCUGAUCGGAAGCCACAUGUCUGCCCGUCGUCAAAAGCAAAGCACCCGUCUCAACGUUGGGAAACAGCUUUUGUGUACACUUUCAUCCUCAAAUUCACGAAUCUGCGUACAAAAAUCGAAAGCUUCGAGGGCCAGCCUGAUCUGGAAGAGGCCCUGCUGUCUCCAACACAGCACCCAAUCCUAGUACAAACCCUAUCGCGUUUCGUGUUGAAUCUCAAGCCACAAACGCGUAAUCUUAGUCCUGAUCAAUUGGCGACCACGGUGUGGUCCAUCCUGCAGGAACAUAUCAAGUCUCCGACGGAACGCACUGUCUUCUGGAAUGACGAACUUGGUAUGAACGUUGAUCCAUUGCAAGGCAUUGAGGGAGGUAUUUGGGGUGCAGAUUGGGACCUAAAACUCCGCAUUCUUCGCAUGCUGGUCGAACUGCAGCUCACAUACAAUCCAGAGAUCAAGGAAAUCAUCGAUAGGGCAUGGGGUGUCGUUCACAACAAACAUAGAAAGCGAGACACGUUGCCAGCUCCACUCGAUCCCAGCGAUCCUCACAGCAUUGAACGGCUAAGCACAGUUCCUAUCGGACAGGACAACGCCCGAGUACGAUACUGGGCAUUUGAUGACUCGCCGCGUCUUUAUGUAUCAACAAACCCUUGGAAGGUGACAUCAGAGUUUAGAACUAUCGCCACAACGAAGGAAGAGUACCUCAAAGUCAUUGAAGACCUGGUCUCAAGAGAACCCAAAUCAUCCAAAAAGCAUACUAAAGGGGAGAUACACCUUAUUCAACUACGAGAGAAGCUGCAGAGCCGAUUAGAGGCGAUUGAUCAAGAAUUAAAUCGUGUUGCAAAGGUCCGCAGGAAACUUGAGCAGAAGGAAAUUCUGAAGGCUCAGGCAGAGCUGCGCUCGACCCGAACCCGACGGCAGACUCGCAGACCGGACUACGUGUACAAUCAGGAGUUUGAUGAUGAGGAUGACGGUGAUGAGUACAAGUACCAAGACGACGACGACGACGAAGAGCAUAUGGAACUUGACGGUGAGGAAUACGGCAUUGGUCGUAGGCGUUCAGAAAGGACGGCGACCAAAAAUGCUAAUGGCAAGCGCGGAUCCGACGGCUUUGUUGACUGGCGAGUGGAACGACGGUCUACAAGGUUGGGUAAAAAUCCGGAUUUCACAAUCGACGGCGGCCCCUCCACAAAGCGAGCGCGGACUGAAGAGCGCAGUGUCUCCAGCGCCCCGUCUGAUACGAUGGUUUCACCAGUCAUGUCCGGCAACAACAACGGCCCGUCAAAGAAGAACGGAAUAACAAACGUGAAGGAAAACGAAGUUGCUGUGGAAGUAGUCCCCGGGAAGAAGAAAAGCAAGUUUUGGUACUAUGCGGUUGAGCCUGCCCCCGGUCCUACGCCUUCUUCACCAGCACAGUCCAGCAGCACCGAGAAUCUCGACCUCAACGGACUUGAACUUAAUGGAAAGGCCGAAAAUGGUACUGCCGUCAACGGGUAUCAAAAUAGCGUACAAGAAACGAAUGGAAGCGGUCUCGAUGCUGUCGUAGAGAUGAACGAGGCCUAACUCGAGGCAAAACUGGACUCGAAGGCGGAUUUUGUCAUCAGGGGAAGCACCGAGGCCUAUUCUGAUUGUCACGCGAUCUACGUUCGUCUUAUUUUCAGCGUGUAAAAGAUUGCUUUUGGCCUGUACCACUCUCUCUCCCUGUUCAACAGUCUUGCAAAUGCCUUAGACUUUUCCCACUCGUUUCAGAAAAUGUUACAAGACGAAAAAGAGAGUUGGCGUUUGUGAUUGCCGAAAUUGGGGACAACGAAAUUAUUAUGAUAUUCGGAAACAAAAAACGAAAACCUUCCUUUUCCUGCUCCCCCAAAAAGAUGGGUUACUUCGGAGAAUACCGAAUGUGCUGUCUCUCUCGCGUGGCUAGUUCAGGCGCUUGGCUUUUGGAGCUGUCCAACAAAGUCUAACAAUUCGGGACCUGGUCCUUUUGUUUCCACGCAUAAUUUGCUUUCUGAAAUGGUAUUCGGUGCUUUUCGUUUUCAUUCCCCGGUUAUACGACGUAUGCCAAUUGGU